AUGAGUAAGCCUCGUGAAACCCUCAUGACACAUAAUCUCCAUCACAAGUGGAGAUUUUGGGUCGUAUUUUGCAAAUUCUUAGAUAAACAAGUCUAUGAAAUUGAGUCAAUUAUUAGCGUAAAUUCAUUGGAAUUAUUUGUCGACUAUUUUAAUUCAUUACCUAAUAUUGAUGAAUUACAUUACAAUGAAACCAACCAGGUUUCUCUUGCGUUUUUUGCAGACGAUAUAAAACCAGCUUGGGAAGAUCCACACAACGCCAAGGGUGGCUCCUAUCAUUUCGUGAUUCAAGAUAGCACAAUCGUUCACGAGAUAUGGAAGAAGCUUCUUGUUCAUGCAAUUAUUGGUGAUAUAGAUAAAAUACUCUCAGAAAACCAAGAUCACAAGAAAAAUUACGAAUUAUGCGGUAUUACAGUUGCUGUAAAGAAACCAGGCUACAUGUUUGCAAUUUGGACAAAAACUCCACCAAAUCAAAAUGGCCCAGUUUAUCAGAAAAUCCAAGAGCUGGUUCAAAAUGUAGUGCCGAAAAAUGUGAACUUUUCUCUUACUACAAGUGCUCAUGGUCAUAAGAAUAAGAAAAAGAAAUGA